CCUCGCUGCGACAUGAUCCCUCAAGUGUUUGAUCACCCUCAUUGUCACAGCUCGAGAGAUCCGACUGCCGCUGACAGCCAUCGAGAGCACCAUGGCAUUGACCAAGUCGGCAUUCUCGCCCUGUCUCCGUCAAGCGCGAGUCCUCCGUCGGCCAUCAAUUGCUCACUGAGCCUCACCACCAGCCUCAUGGUGAGGCUGGAGUGUAGCUGUUGUGUAGCUACAGGCCCCUGGUCCUCGACACCUCCUGAUCUUCUUCCAGAGAGCUCCCAUGUGCGUGUCCACCCAGCAAGUUGUGGGAUGAGACAUUACAACCGCACAGGGUCGUACCGAGCGUACUCGCACACAGACACCCUUUCCCCAGCUCCCUUGUUUCACACCACCUAAUUCUCCUUCUUCGCCAUUUACCUUGGUUUCUACUCGACACUGACCACUGUGUGGUGCUUUGUUGCUUCUCUCCUGCCUUUCCUUUCCUUUCUUUCUCUUUUGCCUUGCUGUGCCUCUAAGAGCCCAAUCUUUCUUUCUGUUUUGUUUCUUGCCCUAGGCGUAUUGGUGCGGUCCAGAGCCGCCGGCGAGCUUGGGAACUUGGUCUCGAUACCUUCUUUUGGUACCUUCAUUUCUGUGUUUUUAUACCUCUUUUUCUCGCGGAACCGGCCGGCCGUUUUUAUAGUCACAUACCCCUCUGGAAUCCGCCUGGUGUGUCAACCUCGAUAUCGUUGCCGAUGCAGACGCCGUCGUGGUAAUCCGCCGACACCAUACUCGCCAGCAAUGGCAUUUUCCUUGCUCCUUUCCGCAUCCGUAUUGCUCCUCUCCUCGACUUUUAGCGGCCAUGCGGUAGCUUCCUCCUUGCCCUUCACAAACACCACGAUACCACCAACAAAUGUCUCGAUACCGCACACACAUGCCCCGAUAAAGCUCAUAAACUCGUCGGUAAUAGCGCAUGACGACGGCUGCGUUCAUCUGCCCAUCGUUCACUCAACCAAUGCCAACCACUUUUCCAAGAAGCGUGGUGUUCAGCUCCAGUUAGCUAACCGGUCUGACAUCGCGUACUACGCCCAACUGAGCAUUGGUACACCACCACAGCCGGUUUUCGUGCAGUUGGAUACAGGAUCAUUUGAGCUGUGGGUGAAUCCAGAUUGUACCACCGUCCAGGGCGCCGACGCAGCAUUCUGCCAGCAAGUCGGCCGGUACGAUGGCAAUACAUCUUCGACGGCCAAAUCGCUGGGGACCACCAAGACGUUGAAGUAUGGCAUCGGUACUGCUAACAUCACGUAUUUUGAAGACACCAUCACUCUUGCCGGGACAGCCACCGCCCUCCAGGCCGUCCAGUUUGGCGUGGCCACCGCAACAGAAGAUACCUUCUCGGGUAUUUUGGGUAUUGGGUAUGGGAAGGGCAUUGCCACCAAAUACAAAAACUUUGUCGAUCAGCUUGUUGCCCAGAACGCUAUCAGAGCAAAGGCAUACACCCUCGCGCUGGGUAGUAAAGAGGAGAAGGAAGGAGUCAUUGUGUUUGGUGGUGUUGACCCCUCGAAAUUCGCCGGUCCCUUGGCCAAGCUGCCCAUUAUUGAUGCCAACAACUCACCGGACCAAGUGCCUCGUUUCUGGGUCGACAUGAAUUCGAUUGCUAUCACGCCACCCAACAACGAUACGAAAGUGUACGAGGGCAGCAAGAUGCCCGUGUUCCUGGACUCCGGGUCGACAAUGACACUGCUUCCACCCGAUCUUGCAGCGACGAUCGCGAAGGACUUUGGGGCCGACAAAGAGGAUGACAACGGGUUUUACCGCAUCGACUGCGGUUUGACAUCCAUGAACGGAACCCUGGACUUCUCCUUCAAUGGACUCAAGAUCAGAGUCCCGUACAAGGAGAUGAUCAGAGAGGUGCCCAGCAACCCGCCUGCGUGCUUCUUGGGCAUUACACCAAGCAAGAAGUUUACCCUUUUGGGGGACACAUUUCUACGGUCUGCUUAUGUCGUGUUCGACCUCGAGACAGACUCUAUUUGGAUGACGCAAGCUACAAGCUGCGGUUCCACCCCUGCCGCACUUGGUAGCGUUAACGAUCUGUCCAUGGUGGUGGGCGCGUGCGGUUUGACAGCUGAACCAGCGGUGACCGUUUCGAGUGCUGGCGGCACAACGGCGACCCCUGGUGUUGGUGUUGGUGGUGGUGGUACUGGAUCGGAUACGAACGGGGCCUCUGCGACAGUCUCCACGGUUGUGGUGCCUGAAUCGCCACCAGGUGCAACCUCGACAGCAGGGUCACCAGUUACUUCAUCAAGUUCAAGAUGUCAUCCGAUGGCGGUCGUUGCCAUGGCUUUUGCCCUCUUGGCCCUGGCGAACAUGGGUUGAGAAAAUAACCCGUCGAAUUUUUGUAUAUACCCUUUCAACUGUGCUUACUAGAAGGGUGCCUGGCUGAUGAAGGAGCCAUGGCGCCGAUUUAAUGGCAUGAUACCUACUGGUCUGUCUCCGUCCACGAGUUCCAUCAAGUAUCUAGUAGAAAUGGCCAGGCCGCACCGAGUCACAUCUGCUG